AUGCUCAAAAAUAGUCGGAGAUUUUUGAAUACAAUUUGGCCGAGCCGAAUACAAAAUGAGGAAUAUGCUAGAAGACGGCACGAUUUGUUGAGGAAUUUGAAAAUGGAUUUGGCAAAAAAUGGAGGAGGUCGGGGAAUUUUGGGCUGAAAAUGAGCUGAAAUUCGAGAUUUUUGGGUAAUUUUGACCCAAAACUCGAUUUUCAGCUUUUUUCCGCAUAGAAAUUUGAAAAUCUGAAAUUUUCAAGCUAAACUUCGAGUUUUUCAGUCAAAUUUCAGCCGGAAACUUGAUGAUUUUCAGUUUUUUUCUCUGAAAAUCUCAAUUUUCAGCCUAAAAUCCCUUUAUUUCAGCUGAAAACAUUGUGCUAAUUCUGAAAGGCGCCAAAAGAUCGUAUAUUGCUCCAGAUGUUCCGGCUCAAUACAGACAACUCAGUCAUUUUCGGUGAGUUUUUGCGGGUUUUGGCUGAAAUUUUGUCUGAAAAUUUGAAUUUUUCAUCAAUUUUUGAGCCAGAAACUCAUUAUUUUUGAUAAAAUUUCAAAAAAUCAUCAAAGUUUGUAUAAAAAUGCUCCAAAUUUCAAAAAUUCAUCAAAUUUGGGCUCAAAAUGCUCCAAAUCUCAAAAAUUUCUCAGAUACAUCACCGGAAUCACAAUGCCCGAUUGCUAUUAUAUCAUAACUUCACCAAUCGAUUCCGAAAAAUCCACGUGUUUUUUGGUGGCCGACAAAAGAAGUGCUUAUGAUGAGCUAUGGGAGGGAAAAUUGCCGACAGAAGCGGAACUCGAAAAAACGGCCAAUUUUGAGGAAAUUGUGCCACGUGGCAAAAUGUUGCAGGUGCGCUGAAAAUGAGCUGAAAAUUUGUGAAAUUUUGAGAUUUUUCGGUGCAAAAAUGAGCCUAAAAUUGAUAAAAUUGUGCUCAAAAAGAAGAUUUUCAGCCAAAAAUAACCCAGAAAUCUUGAAUUUCUACUUUUUUCAGCUGGGAAUCUGGAAAAGUUUAAUAUUUUCAGCAAAAAAUGUGAAAAUUUUGAAUUUUAAGCUUCAAUUUUCAAUAUUUUCAACCUAAAAUUAAUAUUUUUCAAUAAAAAAUCACUCCAAACAUUGAAAUUUAUGAGAAAAUUGACCUGAAAUUUGAAAAUUUUGAUAUUUUUAACUUCAAAAAUACCUUUCAUAAUUUUGAUCCAAAAAUACUCAUAAUUUGUCUGAAAAUUUUCAGACGCUCGAAAAAUUGUGCCAUCGAAAUUCUGCGGUAUUUUUCGAAUCACAAUCCGAUGAUCUACUCAAUCAAUUUUUGCAAACAAAAUCGGCGUCUGUUCGGAGUGUAAAUCAUUAUGUGAGUUUUGGCUGAAAUUUUCAGCAAAAUCUGAAAAUUUGAAGCGAAAUGAGGUGGAAAUUCUUCAAUUUUCCAUCAAAAUUUAUAUGAAAAUCCUUGAAAUUUAUCAAAAAAUCUUCAAUUUUCAGAAUUUUAGUCCAAAUUUUCCAGAUCGAUAAGCUGCGCCUCCAAAAAUCGUCCUCCGAAAUGCAAUCAAUGCGCGAUGUUUGCUCAUUGGGCUCCCAAACAAUGUCAGCAAUGAUUUCCGGAGUCAAAGAUCUACAAAAUGAGAAUGCGAUUUGUGGACUGCUGGAAUUCGAGGGCAGAAGGCGAGGCUCUGAAAUGCAGGCUUAUCCACCUGUUGUGGCGGCUGGAAAUCGAGCAAAUACUAUUCAUUAUUUAGAUGCGAAUAGCGAGAUUUUUAGAGGGUUUGUUUGGAUUUUUCAAAUGAUUUCGAGCAUUUUGAUACCAAAUUUGAGGAAAAUGAUGAAAUUUCGAGCAUUUUAAGCCCAAAAAUCAUAAUUUUUGGAUUUUUUUUGAGUUUUCAAGGGAAUCGGAGCAUUUUGAUACUAAAUUUGAUAGAAAUUUGAAAUUUGGAGCAUUUUGAGACUGUAGAUUUAGCCGCCAAAAAAAAUACGUUUCUAAAAUUUCUCAAGACAAAAAUUUGGAUUUUGAAAAUUGAUUUAUCCUCGCUUGCCGUUUCGAAAAUACAGUAACCCAAUGAAAACAUGUCCAUGUUACUGUAGUUGUAUGCGCCUUUGAAUUUAGAGCAUUUUGAGACCAAACAUGGGCUAGGUACUGUAGAUUUGAGAAUUUUGCCAUCAAAAAUACGUUUCAAAAGUUUUUCUGUAGAUUGCUCAUAUUAAACUAUGUAUGAACUGAAGCAUUUCUGCUCCAAAUUUCAUAAAUUUUGCAAAUUUCCAUCAAAUUUAGUAUCAAAAUGCUCCGAUUCCUUUGAAAACUCAAAUUUAACACUAAAAUCUUCACAAAAUUCCAAAAAUUAUGAUUUUUGGGCUUAAAAUGUUCCAAAUUUUCUGAAAAAUUCAAAUUUUCAAUCGAUUUUUCCAGAGAUUGUGUGCUUGUCGAUGCUGGAUGCGAUUUGAACGGCUAUGUUUCGGAUAUUACACGGUGUUUCCCGAUUUCUGGACAGUAAGCUUUUAUUUGGACAGUUUUUGACCUGAAAUUACCCAAAAAUCAUAUUUUUCAUGUAUUUUACCAUAAAAUUUCCCAAAAAAAUCGAAUUUCAGUUGGUCCGAUGCUCAAAAAUCGCUCUACGAAGCUCUUUUAUAUGUGCACGAGCAACUUUUGAGCUAUGCUCACAAUUUGGAAAAAGUCAAAUUGAGUUUGUUGUUCCGCAAAAUGAACGAAUUGUUGGCGGCGAGUUUUGGAGAAUUGGGAUUGAUUAAAACCAGAAAUCAUCGCGAAAUGAUUGAGGUGGGGAAUUUUUGACCUAACAUUUGAAGAAAUUGUGAAAAAUUGAUCAAGAAAAGCCCUACCAUUGCUCAUAUUAAUUGUUUUCCAGUCAAAAUUCUCAAUUUUGAAAUAAAGCUCUUAAUAUGAGCAAUGCUACUAGCGAAAAACCAAGAAUUUGGAAUUUCUGUUCAAAAUUUGAUAUCAAAAUAUUCCCCAGGAUUUGGCGAUUCUGAAAAUCUGAGAUUCACUUUUUUUAAAAAUAAUUCGUUAACUACAAAUUCACAAGAAAAUCCAUUGCUCAUAUUAUACUCUUUUCCUCAAAAACAUAGCAAAUUUUGUGUCAAAAUGUUCGAAAUUUCAUGAGAAAUUCAAAUUUUCCACUUGAAAUCCACUAAAAUCCCCCCAAAAUAUGUAAUUUCAGGAAGCGGAAAAGCUGUGUCCGCACCACGUCAGCCACUAUCUCGGAAUGGAUGUUCACGAUUGCGCGACAAUUUCACGCGACAUCGAUUUGCCGCCAAAUGUCGUGUUCACCAUUGAGCCCGGCGUCUAUGUGCCUUUAAAUCAUCCGGUCGCCGAAUUCCGCGGCAUCGGCUACCGUAUCGAAGAUGACGUGGCAACUGCGGAAGGCGGUGGAAUUGAACUAUUGACAGCUGGUGUGCCACGUGGCAGUUUGGAAAUACAACAAAUUAUGAGUACUGUAGAUUAG